CCGCCUCAGAAUUUUUUUUCCCAUUCUCCGCUUUCAACUAUAGAGCUCUCUUCCGUUGUUUGAAUUGACGCAGCUAAAGCUAGCCGUAAAUUUGACGUCACACGCCCGUCGUUAGCAAAUUCGUUUGCUUUUGUGCGACCCUUCAAGCCCGAUAGAUUUGUUGGCCAACUCUCCUACACUUCUCUAUCUUGCACAAUUUCUCUCUCGAAAAAAGUCUACAUUUCUAAAAUGGGACACUCACGCUUCCAAGUAUCGCGGAAGUCGCGCCUACGAGCCGUCAUCGCCAUCUCCUUUGCCUUCUUCCUAGCGGAGAUAUCAACCGGCUUCUACACCAAGUCUCUAGCCCUUGUAGCAGAUGCCUUCCACUACUUGAACGACCUCAUCGGUUUCAUAGUCGCACUCGUCGCAGUCCACAUGACUGAGCGCAAAACUUCGCCCCAAGAUCUAUCCUUUGGCUGGGCACGCGCGCAACUCCUUGGUGCCUUCUUCAACGGCGCGUUUCUCCUAGCUCUCGGUCUCAGUAUCGGUCUUCAAUCUAUCGAGCGCUUCAUCGACCUCAAGCAUGUCGAGAACCCCAAGAUCGUCCUCAUUGUCGGCUGCGUUGGCCUAACCCUCAACAUCAUCAGCGCCGCCUUCCUGCACGAGCAUGACCACGGCCAUGGGCACGACCACGGAAGCCACGCCCACGGCUCACACGCCCACGCCCACGAGCAUGCCGACACGCACACGCACACGGAUUCUGACAAUCCCUCCCAUCCACAGCAUGCCUCCCACAACCACGUAACCGCGAACCUCAAGCCGCAAGGCAUGGACCUCGGAGUCCUCGGCGUACUAAUCCACGUCAUGGGCGACGCGCUCAAUAACGUGGGCGUCAUCAUCGCCGCCCUCAUCAUCUGGCUCACCAAAUCCUCGGCGCGCUUCUACGCCGACCCGGCUGUAUCCCUAUGGAUCGCGCUCAUGAUCCUCUUCUCUGCCAUCCCGCUCACAAAGCGCAGCGGCAACAUCCUCCUGCAGUCCGCGCCGCCAGGCGUCAAGAUCGAAGACAUAAAGAAGGACCUGGAGAGCAUUCCGGGCGUCAAGGGCGUUCAUGAGCUGCACGUGUGGCGGCUGGAUCAGAAAAAGGCGAUUGCGAGCGCGCAUGUUGUUGUUAGCGAGGAGAGCCUGGAGAAGUUCAUGGAGAAGGCGCAGACGUUUUCAGAGUGUCUGCAUGCGUAUGGGAUUCACAGUGCGACGCUGCAGCCGGAGCUAGUGCCGACUGACAGUGAGACGGAGGGCGAGGCUACUGCGACUAGCACAGGGAGCGGGGCGACAAGCGUGGCGGGAAGUCUGAGGCAGAGGGCUGCCAAGUGUGGGUUGACGUGCGGCACGCUGUGUGAGCCGUUGAUGUGCUGUAACUGAUGGGAGGGCUGGCUGGAACCAUACCAUCUGCCAGAAUUGCGUAGAUAGCGGGCAUUAGUGAGAUCAUGAAGGUCAUUACUUAAUCUAUCGGUGUCCUUCUAUUCUAUGAAAUGGGAUAUCUAGGUAUCAAAGUUGGCUCAUCGCUUCCAUCACCGCAGGAUGCGUGACCGCCCCUGGCUUGAGCUGAGUCCAAUCCGCCUCGUAGCCCUCCUCGACAUUUGGGAACGGACCUAGCGGCGUGAUAGCGAGCGGGUUUAUUUCCUUGUGGCUCUUCGUGUACUACAUCGCUGUUAGCUCUCAUGUCCUCCACCCCGGUGGGAACAAUUAC